UUUAUAUGUUUUGUAUGUGUGUGUACCUUAAUGCAAAAUCAUUCUCUCUUGACAACUACUUUCUAAAUUCUUAACUUCAUGACCAUGCCAUGGCUUUCAUGUUACUUCCUCUAUGAUUGUUAGAUUUGGCGCGCUUUGAUUUCCUCUAAUCGAAUGGUCGUCUGCUUAGGCAUUUUGUUAUGAUUUUGUAGCUUGUGUAAAUUUUUAACCUGGUUUGUUUGAAAUGCCAAUGAAAAAUAACCCAGUUCGUUAUGCGCAUACAGAUGGUCAUACGGACGUAUGCUAUUCAGAGGAUGGAAAGUACAUACUGACAUGCGGAAAUGACGGGGAUAUUCGCGUGUGGCUGGGCUUGGAGGACGACGACCCCACUUCGCACUGCGUCGGACAGAACGCCCUGGCGCUUGUCCAGAAGGGCUCGAGUCUGUACGUGGCCACUGACGACAACAGCCUGCGCUGCUACAGGUUCCCGCAGAUGGAGCGGGAUGGCGUGCUGACGCGCUUCUCCAAGCCAGUGUCGCACAUAAGUGUCAGUCCGGACGGCAGCAUUGUUGUCGCAGCUUCUGAAAAUUCUGAAAUUUUUGUCCGGAAUAUGAAGAACGAAAAAAUCAAAAUGCUGUCUGGUCACAGUGGACCAAUUUUGUCUGUGGCUGUGGAUCCAAAAUUGGAGUAUUUGGCCUCGUCGAGCGGCGACGGCAAGGUGUGCGUGUGGGACCUGGCCACAGCGAGUGUGCUGCAGUCCUGGACGUGUGCUGCCGUGUGUGCGUCCUUCUUCGAGGCCAGGGCUUUGUGCCGAGUGAGCUGGCAGAGCGGCGGUGGGCAGGUGCUGGCCGUGCCUGAAGGCAACCACGUGGUUCUCUACAAGCGCGCCACGUGGCGUCGCCACCACGUCUUCUCUCACCCCGCCGUGCAGGAGGAAGUGUCCAUCAGCUGCUUCUCGCCGUGCGGCCGGCUGCUGGCAGCCAGCUCGCUGGCCGGCGACAUCGUCGUGUGGAGCGUGCAGCUCAAGUCUUGUGUUGGCUUCACCUCGCAACACAAGCAGCUCCAGAUCUGCGGCCUGGCCUGGAACCCGACCGGCAGCGGAGAGCUGGCCUUCUGCGACUUCUCCGGCCAGCUGGGGACCGUGUGUGGCUGCCUGGAGGAGGAGCACCCGGAACAUGAAAGCAUCGAACCUGGAGAGCCAAGUACGGAUGGAGCCACGCUCAGUUAUGGCGUGGACAGCGAUGACGACGAGAACUCCAUCUCACUGGAGAAGAUUAAGGCUGAGGUUGCUGUGCCAUUGUGCGACGACAUUCUGGAGUCUGCCAGUGUCGCUGGAGCGAGCGAGGGAGCGGAGGACGCGCAGGGGGAGGGGUUGGUGUUGUCCGAGAUGCAGCCUCCCUUCCAGCCGUCCGCCACGCCUCACCACCUGCAGCACAACUUCAUGGUGUGGAACUGCGUGGGGGUGGUCCGCUGCUCGUCGUUCCCGGAGGACGUCAUAGACGUGGAGUUCCACGACACGUCCACUCACCACGCCCUGCACCUGAGCAACUCUGAGCAGCACAGUCUGGCCGCGCUCACCGAGCACGCUCUGGUGCUGGCGUGUGAGGGAGCGGAGGACCGCCCCAGCCAGGUGACGUGCGUGCUGCUCCGCUGCUGGGACGGCACACGGGAGUGGAGCGCGCAGCUGCCAGCCGGCGAGGACGUCCUGUGCGUGGCGUCUGGCAGUGACUGGGUGGCCGCAGCCACGGACUCCAGGCUGCUGCGGUUGUGGACGCUGAGUGGUGUGCAGCGGGAGGUGUUGGCUCUGCCCGGCCCGGUGCUGUGCUUGGCGUCGCACGCCCGCAUGCUGCUGGUGGCGUGCCAUUUGGGUCCAGGGGUGGGCGGGGAACAGAGCAUCGGCUACUGUGAGGUGGAUACACAGCACGGCAGCAUGUCCAAGUGGCAGCCCCUGCCCCUGACACCACGCUCCACGCUGCAGUGGCUGGGCUACAGCGACGAGGGCUCUCCUUGCCUUCACGACUCCAGCGGUAGUGUGCGAAUACUGUCCCCACGUGGCUACUGGCUGCCUGUACUACACACCUCUGCCCUGGUGAAGGGCAAGUCGGACCACUACUUCGUGCUGGGAGCGAGCGAGGCGGCCCAGAAUGUGAGAGCCGUGCUGUGCAAGGGGGCGCGCUACCCCCCCACCACGCCACGCCCUCCCGUCCUCGAGCUGCCUCUCAAGCUGGCGUUGGCGGACGUGGCGACAGAACGAGGCCAGCUGGAGGACGUGCUCUGGCGCUCGACGCUGGGAGCGGUCGCCGUGCCCACGGCCGAGCGUGGACCGCUGCUGCAGUCGGCCAAGGAGGCCAGUCUUAAGCUGUUCGCGAUGGCGUGCCGCGCCGAGCAGCAGGCGAGAGCACUGGAGCUGUGUCGACUCACGGCGGACCCGCAGGUGGUGCAGUUGGCAAUCAAGUACGCCUCGAAGCUCGGCAAGACGCAGCUGGUGGACCGGAUCGCCGGGCUGGAUGCGUCGCUCCGCCUGGCUCCGAGGUGGCAGGAGGUCGACGGUCGCAGCGCUGUGAACAUCGCACACUGCGACGCCCCUGCAGCUGCCGCUGACGUUGUGGAGGAUGCACACGUACAAGGUGUUGCAGCCGAGGGUCAGAGUCUGAUCAUGGAGGCAGGCAGAGCCGCCCCUGAGCUGCCCGCGCCCGCGCCCGCGCCCGCGCCCGGCUCCGGUCAGACCAGAGUCAACCCGUUCAAGAAGAGCGGUGGCCAGCUGCGGCCAGGACAAGCGCUCUCCAAUCUGACAAAUGCAGCGGCGCACUCCAUCGCACCUGCAGUCUUCCAUCCAACCAGUCUGCCGGUGUUUGUGGACUGGUUCGCCCAGCAGCAGGCUGCCUUACUGGAGGAGUUCCCACACGUCACGCCCCAGGAACUAACCAGGGAAGGCCUCAAGCGCUACAAGGAUUUGCAAACUAAAGUGGGCACACCAGCCAGCAAGAUGACGCUACCACAGGUGGGCGUGCCAGCUAGCAAGAGGAUGCUGCCACAGGCUGACAUGUCAGUUGCCAAGAAGCCAGCACCGGCCAGCUCCAAGCUGACUGCCUUCCUCUUCAAGAAGAGCUGAACUUGUCCACGUGUGACGUGACAGACUGUGUAUCUGUGAAUAUCGCGCACUUGAAGCAUGUGAGUGGGUGCACAUACAGGAUACGGUGGUCACCUGCUGGUCAUGUCCUGUACACAACCAAGUUUUAACUCUUCACUUGUACUAAGCAACCAAGUUUUAAACAUUUUGUACCUUUUUUUAUUAAUUUAUGUUUAGUUACAGUCUAGAAAAUAUAAAUUGUUUUAUUAUUUUAAUUGCUUUUAAUCUGCCUUGUAAAAUAAAAUAAUCUGCUGUACUAGCAAUAUUUUACACUAACUGAACUUCACUUAAAAUUUACGGCACAAAUACUAUGUACAUUAGCAAAGAAAAUAUAAUCUUUACAAGCAGAUAUCAGUAUCGAUCUUUCUUUUCUACAAACAUUUAAGCAGUGACCUGGCUAGCUGAAACAGUCCACACAUGCAUAUUACAUAUUAUAAUUCACUGAACAGUAGAUGUGGCAAUAUUAUUAUUUGUUUACAUUUAUGUAUAUGUAUUCUCUUGGAACAUGUGAAUUGACUUUUGAAAAAAAGUGAGUUAUUUUUUUCUUGAAUGUACUGUUAUUCUCAUUGCUACACCUUAAACAUAGGAUUAGUUGUUAUGUACCUUGCAGGCAUCUGGGCAAGUGGGUGGAUGGCAUGUGAAAAGCAAUUUCAGAACCAUCUCUGCAUUGAAGAUGUAGCAUUAGGGACCCUCUCUCAACUGCCGUCGAGGCUCUCUCUCAGGCAAGAUGAUUUGUGUGUGGAUUCAUCAUGAUCAUGUGGGGCCUUUGACUGCCACACCCAGGGUCCCCUCCCUUCAACACCCAGACACCUCAGGGACCCAGCACGACAAUAUGUGAUAGUUGAUGGAGGGAAAGAAAAUUUAGGUUCCCUGUCUUGUUCAUUAUUUAUUUCAGGCACAAAGGUACUGAAAUACAGUUUAAUGUGAAGUACUACCUUAAAGAUGAUAGCAUCUGCGUUGUAAACAUUCCAGAAGUGUGUGCGUGGUAGUCGUCACAAUAAUACUAAUAAAAGUGCUCACUGUUGUGAUGGUAAAUAAUUUUGGUGAAUGUUUACCAGCAGAUCUGAGGCACAUUCAGGAACAUAAGGGUAAAGCCUACCAUUGUUAUCUUACUCUAUAAUUGCUAUACAUGUUGGUUGGUACUCAAAUGACACUUUUUUUUAACCCAGUUAAGUGCACAUAUUUUGCUUGAAACCAACUCAUUUUAAGUGGUGUCAUAAUUUUCUGAAGUUAUUUUAGAAAUUUGAUGUACUGCCUAACAGAUUUAUUUAAAUUUUAUACAGUAUGCAGUAUUUUUCAGAAUUUUUAUAAUUGUUUUAUUCCCUAAUUUGUUUGUUUUUCUACUUAGAACACAACAGCCCAAUAAAAAGACUUUGUUAACUAAUAUAAUAUAGCAUUGUUUAUAAAUAAACAUUACUUUCACAACUCCUAGUUAGUGGCACAAGAAAAAUAUAAAAAAUUUUGAUUAUAGAGUUAAAGGGUUUUUAAAUUUUUGUCUAGUACUGACUACCAAAUUACCCUUUUUACAAAUGUGUCUCAAUAUUAAAUAAGUUAGAAACUAAAAUCAGAACAUGUUACUCACUAAAUUAUCAAUCUCUGCUUUCAUUACAUCAUUUAGUAAAGAAGCUGUAAAUUUACAACUCAUGUUAACCAAUAUAAUGUUGAACAGUACAGUCAAGAUGAUUUAAAGGAUCUUAUUGAAAUUCUGGAUGAUGACAAUCUUGUUCCUUGUGGCCACGACACAGCCUGCUCGAACAGCAAUCGACACAGUUGACUAGGGGUGUGCUGGAAAGGAAAUUGAGCUUCAGGAAAAAUUUGGGAGGGAAAAAUCAGAUUUCACUUAAGAAAUCGGGAAAAAUCGGGAUAAUUCAUUAUAAGCUAUAGAGCAUGUUAUUUUUGUAAUAUUUUUACCACAUCAACAUUAAGUUCUAAUAAAAAUACCACAAUGGUGAGUUUCAAAUUUAAUGAACUAAACCUAAAGAAACUAAAUAUACAUGACAUUCUUUACACUUUUGAGUUGCAUCAUCUUUCGAGGAAAUGUUUGUGAUCUCUUUAAAAGACAGGCUUUUAAUAUAAUGUUCGGUUUUCAUGCAAGAAAAUCAGUUCUUCUAUAUGCUGAGUGGCUAAAUAUUCUCGCUUUGAAGACACUAUAUUUCCAGCGGAUGAGAAAACCUUUUAAAAGGCAGUUUCAGUUGCUGGUAUUCCCAGGUAUGUGCCACUGCUAACUUGCAUAAAUUUGGCAGUAUCAUCUCAUUUUGUUCCCAUUACUUCAGUGGGUCUCUGGUACUCUCUAAUAGCUGCAUAUUUAAGUAUGUCGUGACCUCUGUGUUUUGAUUAGCACCUAAGAGAGACGUUGCAGCUAAAUUAUCUAAUUCAUGCCAUAAGGAAGAUUGGUAAGUGUCAUUAAUUGAUUCAGUGUUUGAGUGCUUGCAAAAUAAAGAAAAAAAUACCUGAAAUCUUUGACAAACAUCUGAGAUACUAACUACAAGUAAGAAACCAGGUAGUUAGUCUAUUUAUUACAUGAAAUAAUCAAAGUGUUACUGUAGGCCUAUUAAUAGAUAUACAUACUUCGAUGAACUGUAGAAUACCCCCCAAUAAAUUUUACAUCCAAAAAUAUUAAAUUUUAUAAAGCUGCCCACCGUAAGAAUUUAGCCCCUUUGUUUUUGUGAGAUGUACCAAAUUGUUAACAAAUUGUGAUUAAGUUGAUGUGUUAAUAUUGCGAAGGAGCCUUACGGGUACAAUAGAAUGUAAUAUACUACAUAAUCAUGGAAGAGAGGGAGAGUGUGUGUGAGGCAGAUAAUCAAGCAGUGUCACUACUAUGUGGAGAAACAACGUAACUCACAAACAAAAUUCUGGGUAGAGACUCCACAAACAACAAAAAUACUGCGAAAAACAAAUACUACUGUGAGAGGUAUUUUAACAUGUAUAAUUAAAUCAAUACACCUAUUCCUCACUUAACACGUCUUCAGAUUACGCGGAUUCAUUUAGCGCGAUGUGAAUUUUACUGCCCCAGUCUUGAAUAUCACGUCUGUAAAUUUGUUAGCAUGAAAUCUCGGCAGGCAAAAAAAAAGUCCAGCACGACGCCACGAAGUCCGUUUCAACAUCUGUAACAACAGAUGUGCCGUGGCAAACAGUUAGCCAUACAAGGGGGGAAGAGAUGUGCACGCAGGUCUGUCUACGCUAUUGGCUGUUGUACAAAAAUCAGCUAUGGCAAGUUAAAUUGCGGCUAUGGAGUGUAAAUGACCAAAUGUUUUUACGUCUGCGCGUAUGCCGCUGUGUCGUACCGUUGUCGCCUGGCCACGGUCACCGGGCCGUGAACUCAGUCUAGCCAGUGGCAGGGAAUUCACUCAAAUAAAAGCACCAUCUGCCCAUUCAGCUGCCGGUAAGUACGUGCUUGAUCACUUAUAAUUAAGCCUGUGCGAAUAUCAGUUUUUUAGUUUGAAUCGAAUUCGAAUACGAAUACCAAAUUAUUCUCGAAUACGAAUAUUGAGUUCGAAUAAUUGGAAUGAGAAUUGAAAUCCCAUAAAACAUGUUAUAUCACAUUACAAUAUGAUAACAGGUACAUAUUUACUGAUACAAUGUAUGUAGAAUCAAAAAACUGACAGUACUUAAAAUUUUAAGGUUCUCCAAUUUUAUAAUUAGUUCGUAUUAAAAAGAGUCUUGUCACAUCACUACAUAUUAGCUAAUUUAAAUUUUUGUGGAGAAACACAAGCUGCUCUACAUUUUCGGAGGUAUACUCUCUCUUCUACACGUCACAAUGUUGCCAGCUGUUGAGAAAAGUCUCUCACUGCACACUUUCUUGCUACCACAGCUA